UGUCCUUCUUGUUUUACAACGACCCACGAGGAGCAGCACUCGUGUCAAACAUGGCGGCUGAUGAACGAUCCGAUGAGGGAUUGCAAACUGGCUUCCCACGUUCACCUUCGUCCUUCGACGCUGACCCACGGGUGUCUUUUUCCCGACUCGACAACAAGUUCAUCCUGGAGACCGACGAGGGCAGCGAGUUCGAAUGGGACAGUGCUCUAAAAAGAUGGAUACCUGUGCUGGAUCAGUCGCUUUUGGAACAGCAAGGCGAAAUUUACAAGGUUGAAGGUGUCGACGAGAAUGCUGACGCUGCGGCGACGCAAAAGAAGAAACGAAAACAGCCGAAUGAUGGCGAAGCAGGUCAGAAAUCGAAGAGACCCCGAGUCAAUACCGCCGUCUAUGUCACUUCGAUACCCCUCGACGCGGAUCAAGAAGAGAUCCAGCACGUGUUCUCAAAAUGUGGCGUCAUCGCGGAAGAGAUAGAUUCAGGGAAGCCGCGGAUCAAGAUGUACGAGGACGACAAGGGACAAUUCAAGGGCGAUGCACUCGUGGUGUACUUCAGACCCGAGUCGGUAGACCUGGCCAUCCAGAUGCUGGACGACUCCGACUUCCGCCUGGGUUCCGAAGGGCCCGCGGGGAAGAUGAAAGUCCAGGCCGCCGACUUUUCGUACAAGAGUCAGCAAGAGGCGCCGGCAAAGACCAGCAAAAAGGACCAAAAGAAGAUCAUCAAGAGAACUCAGAAGAUGAUGGGGAAACUGACCGACUGGGACGAUGACGAUCCUCAAGCAAUCCCGGACACCAGCUCCAGAUGGGACAAGGUUGUGAUCUUGAAACACAUGUUCACUUUGGAAGAGUUAGAGGAGGACCCAGCUGCCAUGCUAGAAAUCAAAGAAGACAUUCGUGAAGAAUGCUCCAAACUCGGCGAGGUCACUAACGUGGUGCUUUUCGACAAAGAGCCCGCCGGGAUAGCCAGUGUACGAUUCUCCAAUGCUGAAGCCGCGGCAGCUUGUGUUCGACUCAUGAACGGCCGCUGGUUCGACGAACGGCAACUCGAGGCCUUUGUCUCUACUGGUAACGAGAAGUUUAAAAAGUCGAGCGAUAGGGCCGUCGAAGAUGACGACGAAGAGGAUCAGGAGGGUGGACGACUCGAUAAAUUUGGCUCGUGGUUGGAACAAGAAGGUUGACGAAGAUAAUGUUAAUGUACAAUAUUGUAUUUUUUGUGGCCUCGGAUCUCCUUUUUUAUCCAUCUCCGAUAGCCAGACUACCUAUCGUAGGAAUAUCUUGCCUCAAAGACAACGACCAC